AUGGUCAGUAAAAAUCGCGGAAGGAACCUAUACGCCGUCCUCCAAAGUAUAUUCCUUGCGACAAUACUAUAUUUCAUUCUUUAUUUUGCCGCAUUGGUGCUUCAACGAGGAUCGCUUCCAAGAACAACAAACGAUUUCUAUAGCAAUCCGUCAAUACCUGGAAUCGAGCAACUUGCUGCUGACAACCGUGAGCAUAGCAAUGACGUACUUCCUAACUAUAUACAGCUCGAUAAGAUCAUUAUCAAUGCCAAUUGGUUCAACAGACCUGAAAGUUCGGUUGUGAUUCGGGAUGACUACAUGGGAAAGAGGCCUCACGUUGACACUGUUGCUAAUCUUACCAAGCUAGUCCAUGAGUGUAGGGGAUCCUAUGAAAAUAUUGAACGAAUGCCAUACGUGUAUGACUGUUUAAAAUACCUUCAAACUGGCGAAAAAGAAUACUUUUAUUUACCUCCUUCCGGCGAGAGAGCAAGCGAGCAACCUCCUUCCCAAGCUGAGUAUCUAAACUCUGAUGGUCAAAAUAAUACCCUACCGCGCUACCCGUCUUACAGGGAAGUGACCAAAGACUCAAUAGGGCAGUGCAAUGGUCCGAUAAUCCCAUAUCAUGUCUACUGGACUGGCCCAGCCUCAUGGCGGGUAGAACUUUUCAUAAAAUCGUAUCUUUACACCCAAAAUAUACCUUGCUCUCGAUUAUGGAUUUGGUUAGAUGGAGAUCGAGACCCUGAGUCUGUUGAUAAAAUGCUACACCAUGACCCAAUUUUUUCUAAAUUUAUAUCAUUUGUCAAACGGGGCGAUAUUGUUCUCAAGACCUGGCGAUUUCCCUCGAGAAUCCCGCUACCUCGUGGAGACAAUACUGAUGGAGCUGGAUACUAUAAAACACCUGGGAAGCCUAAUCCCAUGAAUGAAACAACCGUAGCUGAGGGGCUGAUUCGAGACGCAAAUAACCAAGAGUGGCUGGUACUUACGGAGAAGCAGAUGAACUUCCUCCCAGUCGCCGUCUCUGAUGCGGUCAGAUUUGUUGUCUUGCACAUUUAUGGCGGCGCCUACUUUGACAUGGACGUGAUCAUGCUGCGAGAUAUGCGGCCGCUAUUGAUUGCUGAAGAUCAUGGAUUUGCUGAACGCUGGGGAGGACAUGCAUCUCCAGGAGACUAUAACACAGCAAUCAUGUCGUUAUCCGCAAACUCCUCUUUAUCCUCCUAUCUCUUACGAGGAGGUGUUAGGAUGGGCCUAAAUUUCCAUCCCCGUGUUAUUGGCGUAAUGGCUGUAAAGGAUCGCCGUAACCAUGAGCUUCACAUGUUGGAAACAGCCUUUUUUGAUCCCAUCUGGACAGAAUUUAACUGGGGACGCCUUGGCCCAUGUACUGUACCUUGCUUUCAUGAUUACGGACAAAUAUUCAAGGGUGGAAAAGCAGCAUUUCCACUCAAAGAUGAAUGGGAAGCCUACGCUGGUGAGCAACUUAAGUCUGUAAAAAAUAAGGAGAAGAACCACUGGAAAAUACCCGAUGAUGGAGGACUAGGAAUGUCGAAGAUACCAGGUGAAGAGGACUUGCCUGUGGUUGACAAAAGUACCUUGGAAAAGGCGGAAUAUAUAAUCGGACAAGAUACUUACCCACCAUCUAAUCGUACCCUAGAGAACUUUUUUCGCGGUGCUUGGACCUAUCAUGUACACAAUCAGUGGACUAAGAAACCUGAACCGUCUAGUUGGCUUAAUGUUUUACAGCGCGCUCAAGACGGAUUUUUUCUACAUGAUCGCAAGAAUCCUUAUGGAGAAAAGUGGACCGGUCCUGAACUUACAGAGUAUGAGGUUAGUUGGGAAUAUAUUUGA